AUGCAACCACAGCAACAAAGCGGUGCGCGUCUGCGCCAUCUGAACCCGCUUAGGCUAUUCCACGGCAACUUUUCGUACCAGGAGCUGCCCUCCGACAGCCGCAACACUUCGCCCUUCACAUUGCAACCUCUCAAGAGAGUGCGAUGGCCGUCACCAAGACGCGCUGGAGAGGCCAUGCGUUCAGUCAGAUGGUCUCCGCUGCGCAUCCUCCUCUGGGGCUUGACAUCACUUUUCGUGCUGUUGAUGCUUCUCGGAAGUCGCCAUCACAGAUUCCACCAUCCCCCGGAGCCUGCGAACCCAGACCCGGAAACGAAACCUGCGGGUUAUCCCUGGGAAGAAUACAUUCCGCUGAGAGGUUUCUACAAUGGUAUCCGUACCUUGACUCCUGCCAAAGAGUGGGUCCCGGAAAACCGCUACAACAAGUCCGUCCCCGAAGGCUUCGUCGACAAGAAUGAAGCCCGCAACUUCGCCAAACAGCCCGCUUUCGAGCCCAUCAAGCUGAAUCCCUACCCCGAUUACACCUCGUAUGAAUACACACAAAAGCAUGGAAAGGUCGAGACUUGUUACAUGGACGAUGAGGACAAAGUUGAGGUUCCUGAUGUUUACGUCUACCCUGGUCUUCCCAGAAACAUGACUGCUCCAUUCUUUGGCACCCACAAGGAGCUGGGAAUCAGAGAUGAUGUCUGCUAUGACAGAUUCGGCAGACUUGGUCCCUACGGAUAUGGUUACAAUGCUACUGCCGGUGGUCUUGGUCCUGGCCUUGACUCUGAAAAUGUUGGAGCGGAUAAACUGUUCGACAAGAUGGGCACAGUUGACUAUUCCAAUGUCAACUGGGGCAAGGCUAUGAAGAAGUGUCACGACAAGAACAAGGCCCGUUUCGAAAACAAGGACGCUCACCGCAAGGUUGCUCGUCACGCCUACAUCCUCCGCAUCUGGACCGGCUACAACUUCAACUACAACCAGCUCUACUCUCUUCGCGCCAUGAUCGCUGAACUCUCGCUCAAGUCUGGUGGUGAGUACGAUGUCUACUUCCUCCUCCACGUCAAGGACGAGACUCUUCCCAUCUGGGCCGAUAAGAGCGUGUACCAGAAGGUCAUCGAAAAGAACAUGCCCAAGGAGUUCUGGAACAUGACCGUUCUCUGGUCAGAGUCUCAGUUGCUCAACUACUACCCUCCUCCUUUCGCAGAGCCCUUCGAGAACCCUUCCCAGCAGAGUGUGCACGGUGUUUACCGCUCUGCUCAUUUCGCCCUCCAAUGGUUCGGUCAACAAUACCCCAACUACGAUUACUACUGGAACUGGGAAAUGGAUCUUCGCUACAACGGACACUACUACGAAUUCAAUACUGCCAUUGGUGAUUGGGCUCGCAAGCAGCCUCGCAAGGGUAUGUGGGAAAGAGCUGAGAGAUUUUGGAUGCCCGAGCUUCAUGGCACCUACCAGAACUUCACAGACAUGGUUGAACGCGAGACUCGUGAGAAUGGCAAGACUCCUAUCUGGGGUCCUCCUGCGUUCCAGCACGAUGGUCUUGUCCCCUCUCCUUCCGAUACCACUCCUCCCAUGCCUUACGACAAGGAUGAGUUCAAGUGGGGAGUUGGCGAAGAAGCUGAUCUCAUCACUUUCAACCCCAUCUUCGAUCCUAGCAAGACCAACUGGGUCUUCCGUCUGGACGCUACUGGCUACAACCUGCAAAUGCCCCCUCCUCCCCGCCGCUGCGCCAUCAUCACGGUCUCCCGUCUUUCGAAGCGUCUGAUGGACAUCAUGCACGAGGAGACCUGGAAGUACCGUCACACCAUGUUCCCAGAGAUGUGGCCUGCCUCAUGUGCCCUGCAACAUGGUCUCAAGUCUGUUUAUGCACCCCACCCCGUCUACUUCGAUCGCGAUUGGGAUCUUGAGUACAUGGACAGAAUGUUCAACCGUCCUAGAAUCGAUGUCGACAGUCCUUUCGGAUGGGGUGAGCACAACUUCAUUGGCAGCUCGUUCUACUACAACUCAGGAUUUAGUGGUGCCCUUUGGCGCCGUUGGCUCGGUCUUCGCGAAAACAAGCAUGGCGGUACCAGAGACGAAGAGUCUGGCACUGGACGCAUGUGCCUGUUGCCAUCUCUGUCCCAUCCUGUCAAAUCAGAGAUCGGCGAGAAUAAUUGA